GCCUACUGCCACCCCCCUCCCCCAGCUGAAUUGCCAACUUCCUCAGCACCUGCUGUCAGCACACAGUGCUGGAAACCUGGCUCCUGUUCCUGGUCUGUUACAUGACUCCACCACUCUGUGCCUCAGUUUCCCCAACUGUAAAAGGAGGACAAGGAUAUUGGCACCCCACUUGGUGAAGUGCUGAGAGAUCUGCAGGUGGCAGUUCAACCGAAGGCAUCAAUCGAAUCUUAUCCCAGUCCUGCACGACUUAACCUACCAUCCACAUCAAACCCAGCCUGAACUCUCAUCUCAGUCUAGUCCAAACUACAUCUGACGAAGUGGGUCUUUGCCCACAAAAGCUUCUUCUCCAAUACAUCUGUUAGUCUAUAAGGUGCUACAGGACUCCUUGUAGCUUGCAAAAGCGGCAUCUGUUAUCCCAGACUUGGAGACGCACCCGGGCAGAGUGAUGGGCAGCGCAGGCCAGGGGCUGAGCGCUCUGCCUCUCGGCCGGAUCGUCCCACAGGACUCCCUGCUGCUGACCAGCCUGGAGAAGCCCCCCGCUGCACAAGACCUCGAUACCCAGAGCUGGAGCUCCCUGGACAGCCCCAGCCCCCCUGCCACGCCCGAGCAGAACCUGCCCGCUUUCUACCUCCACUACGUCGACAUGUUCUACUCGGAGGACACCAGCUGGGUGCCCAAGGGCCUGGGGGAGGUGCCUCAGGGCAGCGGCCAAGCUGGCAGGGGUGAAGGGCAGAAGGAGCCGGAGCAGUGCCCCAUCAUCGACAGCCAGGGCCUGGGGCUCAGCCCCGACAUGGACUACCAGGACGGCCUCCACUUGGAGGAGCACUCGCUGGAGCAGGUGCAGAGCAUGGUGGUGGGCGAGGUGCUCAAGGACAUCGAGACAGCGUGCAAGCUCCUCAACAUUGCGGCAGAUCCGGCAGACUGGAGUCCAGGAAACGUCCAGAAGUGGAUCUUAUGGACCGAGCACCAGUACCGGCUGCCCCAGAUCGGGAAAUCUUUCCAGGACCUGUCCGGGAAGGAUCUGUGCGCCAUGUCGGAGGAGCAGUUCCGUCAGCGCUCCCUGGUGUGCGGGGAUGUACUGCAUGCCCACCUGGACAUCUGGAAAUCAGCUGCCUGGAUGAAGGAGAAGGCUGCGCCUGGAGAAGUGCGCUACUGUGGCAGUGACGAGAGCUGGACGGAUAGUGAGGUGGACUCCUCCUGCUCAGGCCAGCCCAUCCACCUGUGGCAGUUCCUCAAAGAGCUUUUGCUGAAGCCUCAUCAUUACGGACGGUUCAUUCGCUGGCUCAAUAAGGAGAAAGGCAUAUUUAAGAUCGAGGACUCUGCCCAGGUGGCGCGUUUAUGGGGAAUCCGGAAGAACCGGCCGGCCAUGAACUAUGACAAGCUGAGUCGCUCCAUCCGGCAGUAUUACAAGAAAGGGAUCAUCCGCAAGCCUGACAUCUCCCAGCGCCUGGUCUACCAGUUUGUACACCCUGUCUGAGAAGGGGGCAGGAGCAGGCGAACUGACUGACCUGCUGGUGGGAUGGGGGGUUCCCUGUAACCACAGCACCUCCCACCCUCUCCCAAACAUAUAUCCGCCUUUGAUAAUAAAGAUGAAGCCUCGGGUUGUGCAAGAGGCUGGAAAUGCAUCAGACUUGCCAGAUGUGAACUUCAGAGCUUCCAGCCUCCCUCAGGCUGCAGGUGCAUGUGAGGGGGGAAGAGCCCUCACCUAGCAAUGGACUGCCUGUGGAAUGGAGUGUAUGCAUUUAAUUCUGGGGGUCAGUGAAUUUGUGCCAACAGCCCCCUUCUCCUGCUAAAGCAGCGGUGUGAGGAGACUCUGGGAGGCACGCAAAUUGGGGAGGGGGGGAGGGGACGCUGCCUGAAAGCAACGUUGAACCUGUAGCCGUGGCAUCUCGCUGUUGUGCAUGGAGUUAAUUGCCCCACCCCCCUAGAGUUUUGAAUCUUUGGCUUGAAGAGAGGCACCCUGGGCCAGAUGCCACUCGGCGGAGGUUUAUGGCCUGUGGGAGGAUAUAUAGCAAAGCAGCUGAGUGGAGAACCCAGGAGUCCUGCCCGCAAGUCCCUUACUGUGGAAACACAGGAGUUGCCGUACCGUAUCCGAGCUGGUCCCUAUGUUUGACAAUGGCUGGCCACACCCGUUUUAGUGACUGGUGCAGAUACUCCUGCAGGGAUGGGCAACUUGCUCCCAGAGGGAGUUUCUUCCUGACGCCCAUCAGUGAGAGGCUGGCUUGGGCCUUGGAGGUUGAUAAGAGACACUCCCCGGCCCCCAACCCCACACAGCAUCUAGUGAAGAUCAGACUCAGCUUCUCUUUGUCGAUCCUUUUUCAGUUGUCCUGGAAUAUCCCCUUCCUCAGCCAGUCUGGAGCCUUUCUUUUGAGGGACAACUCCCUCACCUGUCCCCUAACCUUAAAGUGGUAACCUUUUAGUGUAAGUACCUCCCUCUCUGAGCUAGACUACCAGCUGGGUGGGCCAGUUGUUAACUGGUGGUGGCACAUCUUUCAGCAUAGAAUGAUAGCCAGAAAGUGCCUGUUACUAAGGCAAUUUCUCCUGCCCACCUGCCGACGCUUCCUAGGUGCACGUGGUCAGUUUAGCAACUCCCCAGCCUUGUAGGGUGGCGCAUGGAAGGGCCGAGAGCAGCAGUGCCGGGGGGUAAAGGACAGUGAGAAGAACUGCAGGCGAUCUGCUGCAGAGGAAGCAUUUGCCUCCCUCGCUGGCUCACUGGAGGUGGGGCAUCGCGAGGCAGGGCUGGAAUUGUCCAGUAGUGUGUGAUGUUGGGUAGCAGCUGGUGAACCUCUUAACCAUCCUGUGUCUCUUCCUUACCAAGCAGCCGUUCUGAAGCGCCUGCCUUGCUCUCUCUGGAAGAUCGCUUAGCUACGCUCGUCGUGUCCGACUGACCCUCUGACGCAUGCGGCGGGCAGUUUUCCUUUUUCUGAGUGCCUGAUUCUUUAGCCUUAAUUUAACACCUCAGAGCUUAAUUGUGUGAGUAUGAACUGGGAUUAAUUCUCUGAGCUUCUGCUGGUUUACUCUGGAUUUGCCCUGGUGUGAGAUCAGAGUCAGGCACAAGUAUUUUUUGGAGUCAAAUUCUGCUACUCCCCACCUCUGCUCAUCUCCUGUAGCCCCUGGCAAGAGCAGCACCAGUUGUAAACCGUAGAGGAACGUGGCAGAUCCCGGGGGGAGGGCUCUCACUCGGGGCUUGCCUAACGGGGUCAAACCCCUGACACGCGACUCAGCUCCAAAGUGACUGAGCUAGCCAGUUUCUGGGGCACACUUGGAUGGCUGUGGUGACCAUUUUCGGGCAUUGUGUGUGAAAGGACAAAGUCACCCAUGCGCAGGAUGUGAGCAAGGUACAUUUGAAAGGAAAGACAAUAGGAUCAUACACAGCAAUCUCCUGCCAGGGCUCACGCUGACCCAACGUUGGGACAGCCUGGUACUUGGAUGCAUGAGAGAGCCAUCUGGCUGAGCAGCAGGGUAACACCGAAAAGCUCUUCUGGGAAGCCUGGAGUGGCAGGCUGCGUAGUACCUGGCUGUGCCUUGCUCCUCUGCACUGGCCAAUCUCCUAAGCAGGAGCAGGUUGCAAACCAAGUGGGACCAGUGUCUCUUGCACCUCUUCUGUGCGGCUCUUAUCUCUUUGCCACUGAGGGCAAAAUAAAAGCCACUAAGCAGGUUUCCCUACCUCCCCACAAUGUGUGGCAUUGAUGCCCCAGGUGUGCUGGUUAAUUUCACAGUGACACCCCAUCCUGUUGGUGAGAAAUCUGCUGCCUGUCUUAGGCAAGCAAAGUAGGGAGGCGGAGGCAGACUGCUUUGGGAGCACAGAGUGCUCUAGCAGUGGUUUCUAAGGUGGGUAGAAGGUCGCACGACAGCUGGGUUGGCUCUCGGGGACCAGAUGUUCAGCUUGGUUUACAGUAUGGCUGAAUUCUGCCUCCUUAAUUCUACCGGUGAUUAAGAGCGUUGGAAGUGGCUGGAGCAGAAAUCCGGAGGACUGACACCAUAGCCAAGGUACUAAGGAAGCAAAUUUUCCUACCCCCAUUUUCCAGCUUCUGUCCUGACCUGGCAGUUCUUCUAGCAUUAACAGAAGAACUCACUCUCCAGCCAACCAGGGCUCAAGCUGCAGAUCUUGGAUUCAGAUUUCAAAGUCCCCAGCCUUCACCCCCGAGAUAGCCAGCACAGGGUCAGAUGGGGCAGGAUCCCUUUAACCUUUCUGCUCAGACUGCCAACUGCGAUCCAGUGGGGAUGGUGGUUCAUGUGGUGUAUGGACAGAAACCCACUCAAUUCACUGCCUACCUGCUACUGCGUAGGGCUUCCUUGACUGCCUUGCUAUUGUACCUGUUUUUAAAGGGAUUUUAUUCUUGACAUCUCCGUCGUUUACUCCCCCAGGAAACAAAUCAACAGACGUUCACAUGAUGAUAAAAUAGAACUUGGACAGAGGGUAGAGGGUUGUUUAACUGAACGUUUCAUAACAGGCCAAGCUAACCUGGUAAUGUUGAUCUUUUAUAUUAUACGUUUUUAGUUGUUUUCUUUUGGCUGAAGAGCAGCUGUGAUUCAGGUUCAAAUGAAGAGUUGAGACAAGGGAUAAGGAUAGCUGUGAAAGCCUUUGGAAGAGAUGGAAAAAAUAUAGAUAUAUGUGUUUUUAAUUUAAAAGAGCUGCCUGUGUCAGCUGCUGCCUUUGUAUUUCUUUCUCAUUAUUUUGUAUUGUUUACAUGUCAGAGUAGGAGCUAAAAUGCUUUUUAGCUUCCCCACAGAUGUUUCAUUGCCUUGGGGGUCUGAUGCCUUGUCGGAAGGGCGGAUGGGAAUAGCUUCGUGUCUUCUGAAAAAACAAGUGAAAUUUGUGCUUCCUGAUUAUGUAUUUUGUGUAAUGAAGAGGGGAAAAAUUGAUGUGAACCAUGUGGCUAAUAGACCCCCUCCCCUCAGCCAAGGAUCUGUCCAAUAACCUCCUCUCUAUUACAAUGAACAACUGUUUAUUCUGUUCUGGGGUUUUCUUUCAGGUUGCAGUAGAAAAGGUGUGUCCUUGUCUCUGUGGAGGAGAAAGUGUCUGCACACCUAGGAGUGUGCAGGGAACAUGCACAUGUGUUUGUGCUCAAGUGUGUGUGCACAAACGCGGUGGGGUAGCGGUAAUAAACGCUAAGCAUAGGGAACAGUGGCGGCUGUCCAUCUUGAUUUUUGCUACAGCAAUGAAGGAGGAACAAAGCCUCCCUUUCUGCCACCCCCAGCCUGGCAACCACUGUGCUGUCGUUAGUCCCUUCCCUAGGAACUACUCCUGGACUUGCCUCGUCCCCCCGAGUUCUCCAUAACCACAUGCCCUUGUGGAAAAUCUUGGCCCCCUAGAUCCUCCUAUGCUUUCCCCCGCCCCUUCCCCUUAUUGUACGAAGCUGGGUGUGAAAACGUGCACUCAAGCCUAGGUGCCCCCUUUGCACACUCAGAGCUCCUGCCCCGCGGACUAUGAUACCAUCCCCAGAGGACCCAGUGAUGCUAAGCACCCCCAAUAACAAUGCAAAACACGCUGUGCCUGAAUAAAAUAAUCCUUUUGCUUUAUUACUGUAUUUUUAAGUAUUGUCUAUUUUUUCCCUUUAUGGAAGAAGAGCAGCCAGAUACACACUCUCCUUCUCAUAGGAUGUAGCUUUGCUCACAGUAACACUGUUAAUUACAGCCUCAAGAGUGCCCCUCCCCCAACCGCCACGGCACUAAUGGGAAACGUUAAGCAAAGAUAUCACCCCCAUUUCUGUUGUCUCCCUC